UGGAAUUCGUAGAUCUGAAUUGGAUUUGUGUUGCGCGUUAAUCUUUUUUUUUUUUUUCGGCGAAAGCGUCAACUGUAAGUUACCUGAUUGCAAGCGUGUCUCGACACAAGAAAUGAGUUAGCUUUAUCUUGAUCCUGUUAAGCAAAUUCAUUCGCUGAAACGAAUCAUCAGUUCCAUGAGAAUGUGAUUUUCUUUCCUGAGCAUUAUUUUCGACUGUGAUGAGUUAGCACGAAACUAAUUCCUCUCAUCUCUUCUUGAAGAAACCAAGAGAUUAAACAUCAAACAGCAGACCCGAAUAUCGUUCGAGGCCAGAUACAUAGCACCUCCCGGAGGAGACCGGGACAGAGACAGGGGCGGCGGUGCCGGCGAGGUCUUCGCAGGGGGAGGAGGUGGGGGUGGAGGAGUGGACUACGGAGGCUUCUGGGAAGGCGGAGGAGGGAGCAUCGACAACGAGGGGGGUUUUGAGAGCGGCCUGGAGGAUGACCAACAGAUGCUCCUCGAUGUCGAGCAGAACAUAGCCAACCUCGAGAGGAACAUCCACCUUCAGGAAAGCAAGUCCUCCUCCAACAUGGCGCGGGGCAGGAAGAGCAAGGACAACUCGCCGGAGACGCAGAAGAAGAGCCGCGGCUUCGCCGGGAUGAAAGCCGUGAGGUCACUGGUGAGAUUGGGUCGCCAGAGGUCGCGCAGCACGGGUCAGGAGGACGAGGAGAAGACCGGCCUGAAGGAUGCCGACCACAACGACAUGAGGGAGAUGUCAAGGCCGCCCUCUGCCUGCUCCACCAUCUCCGACGCAGAGUCCACCUGCUCCGUCUCCACCAACGUCCGCGCGAAGAAACACAAGUCAGAAACGGUGAACUCCACGCCUGCAGAGUUAAAGGCUCAAGAUUUUCAAGUCUGUAUCACCAUCAUCGAGGCCAGGCAGUUGGCAGGACUCAAUAUGGACCCGGUGGUGUGUGUCCAAAUUGGGGACCAGAGGAAGUACACGUCAGUGAAGGAGUCUACCAACUGUCCUUAUUAUAAUGAGUACUUCGUCUUCGACUUCCACAUGGCACCAGCGAUGCUCUUCGACAAGAUCAUCACUUUAACGGUUCUGCAAAGUCGCAAUAUUCUCCGCUCCAACAAAGUACUGGGCAGUUUCAAAUUGGAUGUGGCCACGGUCUGGUCACAACCAGAGCACCAGUUCUACCACAAGUGGGCGCUGCUGACCGACCCAGACGACAUCACUGGCGGACCCAAGGGCUACCUCAAGUGUGACAUCUGCGUCGUCGGCAAAGGAGAUGCCAUCAAGGCUCCUCUUCGAAACGACAAGGACGAGGACGACAUUGAAGGCGCUGAUCCAGAGGGGAAUCUCCUCCUCCCGGAUGGUGUUCCUGCAGAGAGACAGAGAGCCAAGUUCAUCGUCAGGAUAUAUCGAGCAGACGGCCUCCCCAAGAUCAACUCCUCCAUCAUGGCCAACGUCAAGAAGGCCUUCACGGGGGACUCCAGGGACCUGGUGGAUCCUUACGUCCAGGUCUCCUUCGCAGGACUCUCGGGUCGCACCAGCGUGAAGAAGAACACGGCGUGCCCGGUGUGGAACGAACAGGUGGUCUUCACGGAGAUGUUCCCGCCCCUCUGCCAGAGGGUCAAGAUACAACUGAGGGACAAUGACGCCGUCAACGACACGGUCAUUGGGACGCACUUCCUGGACCUUACCACCGUCUCCAACGACGGCGACAAAGGGUGUUACGAAACAUACGGAUUCCUACCGACCUUUGGCCCAGCGUACGUCCACUUGUACGGCUCGACGAGAGACGGUUCAGUCAUGGACGAACACGCCUCUCUCAACGCAGGUCUAGGCGAAGGUAUCGCAUACAGGGGUCGAAUACUGUUGUCCGUCAGGUGCCAGAUUACGGAUCAGCUGGACGUGGCGCCCUCCGAAGUAGAAGUCGAGAACACGCUUCCCAUACAGGAGAGCAAUUACGGGAAGUCGGAGGAGUUCCUGCUGUUCGCAUCUGUCCACGAGGCGACUAUGGUCGAGAAGCGGGUGAGCGACAAGCCGGUCUCGUUCGAGCUCUCCAUCGGGAAUGCUGGCAAUUCCCUGGAUGGGUCCUCGACGGCCAGGCCUUCCAGCGACGAGGAAAGCGAUGGGGAUUCCGGUCCUGAAUCGGUUGUUGCGGAGGCGUCCAUGUGGCAGUCGACGACCCCGCCCAUGAAGCCCAUGACGAACGACAAGACCUACUACUUCCUGCCUUUCUGGGACGACAAACCCUGCCUCUACGUCAGGUCGUUCUUCCAAGACCACAGGAGAAGACUCUUCAAUUCGAACGUCAUCGCUGCUAUUGCCAUCAAGCUGGAAGAAGGAUUGUCGGAAGUGUCAAGCCUCCUCGAGGAAGACGACGGCAGCGCAGAACGGCGCCUGAGGGAGGUCCUGGAGGAGCUCGUCACGGCGUGUGGCCAGUACCUGAGUCUAGCCAGGGCGGCCUCCGCGGGAUCUACAGGAGGGAGGACGAAGCUGGACAAGGAGAGAAUGAGACUCUGCCAGAGGGAAAUAGAUCAUCUAGGUAGCGCAGCAAGGCACACAAAAGCCCUUGUCACAAGACACAGCUUGAAGGAAAGGUACAAGACUGCUCAUUCCUACCUCACCAAGCUCAAAGGACUCAUUGAGGAUCCCCAGCACGCCUUGCCGGAUAUCUUCGUAUGGAUGAUCAGCGGAGGGAAAAGAGUAGCCUAUCAAAGGAUCCCGGCGAGACAUCUCAUCUACUCCUCUGUCGACCAGGAAAGAGGAAAACACUGCGGUAUCACGCAGACUAUUUUCCUCAAGCUUCCAGGGCGCAAGUCAAGUGGUCCAGGCGGUUGGGCGAUCCAGGGCAAACUACACAUAUACUUGUGGUUAGGUCUGAUGAAGCAGAAGAAAAACCUACUUCCUGGUAUACCGAAGGGUUACGAGCUCACUUACGAACUCCGAAAUAUAGAGAGAAGCCUGACCCUUCCACCAAUCACCUUGCACUAUACCCAGAAGCAGACGUUCCAGUUGAGAGCACAUAUGUAUCAAGCGCGUUCUCUCAUUGCCUCCGAUUCGUCUGGACUCUCAGAUCCGUUUGCCAGAGUCAUUUUAGGAGAACACUGUAGAACCACGCAGGUAAUCGACGAAACAUUGAGUCCAACUUGGGAUGAAAUGUUGGUGUUGGAUGACAUUGUAGUGUAUGGUACAAAAGAAGAAAUAGAAGAGGAACCUCCAAUGGUUGUCAUAGAAAUCUUCGACCAAGACAGUGUGGGAAAGUCCGAAUUUAUUGGACGAGCUCUCGCGCGUCCCCACAUCAAACUAAGGGAAAAACCCUACGAACGACCCCACUUGGAGUGGCACGAUCUCUACAGAGGAACAGACCAUGCUGGAGAACUGCUCGCGACCUUUGAACUCCUUCAGUUUCAGGAUGGUGAGGAAGGUGGGGACAUUGUGGCAGUGCCACAAGCCAAGGAACAGUAUGGGGGAGAAACUGGUCCUAUUAUACCAGUUCCAAGGGGCAUUAGACCAACGUUAGCCAAGUACAGAUUAGAGGUAUUGUUCUGGGGUCUCCGAGACUUGAAAAGGAUCCACCUCCUGACGGUUGAUCGGCCGAGAGUUGAUGUUGAGGUCGCCGGCCACAUCAUCCAAUCGGCAGUCAUCACGUCAGCGAGAAGAAAUCCAAAUUUCAUCAACCCAGUCAAGUACAUCGACUUGGAACUACCCGAACAAGAACUCUACUGCCCUCCAAUAACAAUACGUGUGGUGGACUGCCGCAGCUUCGGCAGGUUCACGCUCGUGGGUACCCACAUCAUUUCUAACCUCCACCGCUACAUGUGGAACCCUGUUACGAAGAGAGACAGAGAGGCAGCUGCUAGAAAUGCUUCGCUGCACCAGCUGCAAGGUGAAGACAAUGCCAUGGGGAACAACAACCUUGUCCCCAACAAUGUCCAUGGCGGUGCUGGUUACGGUGGAGGAGGCCACUUUGGUGGUGGUGGUGGAGGGGGACGCACGGGAAGCGUCUCCAACAAGAGAGAUGAGCGAAGUCCCCUCCUGCAGAAGGACACCAUCAUCACCAUCGAUUAUGUGGGUGUAGGACCGGUCGUUCCUUUGGGAUCCGGCGCAGUAUCGAAGCUAGUAGGGACCACGAAGAAAGAGAAGACGGAAGCGAAUAAAAGAAGAAAACAAAGUUUAGAAAUGGAAGAAGAAGACGAAGAGAACAGAGACUGGUGGACCAAGUACUUCGCGUCCUUGGAAGCCGUGGCAGCGCAACAGCAGGAAGGUCGAGGAGAGCUUUCAGAGGGGGAACAAAACCAGCAAGACGGGCAGCGGGAGGUUAUCAACGAGAAGAAGAAACACACUUUCAAAGCGACGUCGACGGCAGCCAAGCUUGCUGCGAAGCUGAGCCCUAAGACUCAGAGAAGAAAACCCAAGCAGAAUAUUGCUCUAAUGAAGGUUAUUCCUGGUGAGCUGGAAACUGAAUUUAACGGGUUCCGUGAAUGGUUGCACACCUUUGAUCUGUACAGAGGCAAAAAGACAGGCGACGAAUUAGAAGACGAAAAUCGUGUGGUGGGAAAAUUCAAGGGCUGUCUUAAACUCUACCGAUGGCCCCUACCAAAGGACAUUGACGACACUACCAUUACAGGGGGCGAUCCUCAAUAUGGGUUUUUCCAGGGUCUUCCAUCUAAUGACCCGAUACACGUUUUGGUGCGAGUGUAUGUAGUAAGAGCGUGCGACCUUCAUCCAAUGGACCUGAAUGGCAAGGCAGAUCCUUACAUUGUUAUGCAGUUAGGAGGCAAAAAGGUUUCCGAUAAAGAGAACUACAUCUCCAAGCAACUGAAUCCAGUUUUUGGAAAAUGCUUUGAAGUAGAAGCAACAUUUCCACAAGACUCCAUGUUGACAGUGCAAGUCCUGGACUGGGAUUUGGUAGGAUCAGAUGACAUGAUUGGAGAGACAAAAAUCGACCUGGAAAAUAGGUUUUACUCAAGACAUAGAGCCACUUGUGGCCUUGCUUCCAGAUAUGAAACAGGAGGUUACAACCAAUGGCGAGACCCAAUGAAACCAACUCAAAUUUUAGCUCGAUUAUGCAAGGAAGGUCGCUUAGAUGGCCCACAUUAUGGACCAGGGAAGGUCCGAAUAGGUACUAAAACAUUUAGUUUGCAAAGUGAAGAAGAAUACGAUCCAAACCGUUGCAGAAUGAUGGUGAGUGAAGAACAGUUGGCUCUAGCCGUAUUACACAGAUGGGAAGAGGUCCCUCGAGUUGGUUGCAGUCUAGUCCCAGAACACAUAGAGACAAGACCUCUGUUUAAUGCAGACAAACCAGGCAUAGAACAGGGUAAAAUUGAAAUGUGGGUGGACAUGUUCCCAAUGGACAUGCCACUGCCAGGACCACCUCUCGAUGUAACACCGAGGAAACCGAAGAGUUAUGAACUUCGUGUCAUCAUUUGGAAUACUGAUGAUGUGGUUUUGGAAGACGAUGCUUUCUUCACAGGCGAGAAAAUGUCGGACAUAUAUGUGAAGGGGUGGUUAAAGGGACCUGAGGAUACUCAGUGCACAGACAUCCACUAUCGGUCAUUGACAGGUGAAGGUAAUUUUAACUGGAGGUUUGUAUAUCCAUUCGAGUACUUGGUAGCAGAAGAGAAGAUAGUCAUCAGCCGGAAAGAGAGCCUCUUUUCUUGGGAUGAAACGGAAUGUAAAAUUCCAGCUAGACUUGAAUUGCAGGUAUGGGAUGCUGACCAUUUCUCAGCUGAUGACUUCCUAGGUGCAAUCACAUUGGAUCUCAACAGGUUUCCUAGAGGUGCCAAAAGCUCCAAACUUUGUACAUUGGACAUGUUAAAAACUGAUGGGUCUGUGCCUAUGGUCAACAUCUUCAAGCAGAGGCGUGUUAAGGGGUGGUGGCCCUUUUACAUCAAAAAAGAAAAUGAAGAGAUGGAACUCACGGGUAAAGUUGAGGCAGAAAUACAUCUUUUGACCAAAGAGGAGGCAGAGAAGAACCCAGCAGGUCUGGGCCGUAAUGAGCCUGAUCCCCUGGAAAAACCCAAUCGUCCUGAUGCUUCAUUUAUGUGGUUCCUGAACCCUUUAAAGAGUAUAAGAUACAUCAUCUGGCACAACUACAAAUGGGCAAUCAUCAAGCUUAUUGUCUUCUUUGCCCUCACGAUAUUCUUUGUUCUUUUCUUCUACUCUGUUCCAGGAUUUACAGUGAAAAAGGUAUUAGGGGCAUAAUCUUUCAGACUGUAACUCUUCCCACAUAGUCCUUUUGUAUGAAAUAUUAUGCAGUCUCCAUUAUUUUAGUUUCUUAUUUUAGUAAUAAAUCACAAAAAACAUAUCAACUAACCAAUUAGAUUAAUUGAUGUCAGCACAUCCAUAAUAGGAUGGUAAUGUAACCUAGUUUACUAUAGGUUAACUAGUGAUAUCAUUAAUAUAUGAUAUAAUUCAGUUUGUAUAUUAUGAGAGAAUGUAUCCUUGGUACUAAUAAAUCUCGGGUUCUUCAAAAUAUUUUCACAUUGAACUUUGUUUCUAUUAUACAUGUACCUACAUGUAAAGGGUCCAAAAAGUCCUAGAUAUUUGUACAUAACACUGUACGUAAGCCUUUGAUGAUUACUAAUACAGCACUUCAAAGAAUGCAAAAUACGUACAGUAUUUGCAAAUAAUCAGCAAAGAAAAUUAAUGUUUUUAAACUUCACCUAAACUUAUCAAUUUCAUUAAAAUAUUAAGACUGCAGUUCACCAAUAUGCUCAUCCACUGUAAUUUAGUAUUAAGGUUCACAUGGCUGGUUAGAUUUGUAUAAUUUUUUCCAUGUAAAUACCCUAGUAAGGAAUCUAUAAUUCCCCGUUUCAUAAACAAUCACUCAUUAAUUUCUCUUUCACUUCACAAUUCAGUUGGCAUAGAUUCUCAUUCAUUCUAAAUGAAUUUAACUUUAAUAUACAAUGUUCUGACAUAUACUCAGGUGAGAAGUUUGUAUUAUAAAUGGAAUAGUUCUCUGGAAUUUGAAUUUCAAAGCUUAUUCUCUACUUCUUGAUUUUCAACAUCUGAUUAUAUUAGUUGUACAUGACAAAUUACAGCUAAAAUCAGGUGACCUUUCACAAAUUAGCCCUAAGGGUUACAUGUUAAAUAUGCAGUAGUACAUGUAUUACAUUCAAAUAAAUGAAAGACACACUAUGUUAAGGAAUUAAACUAUUCUUUACAAGGUCACAUGUUAAAUGUGCAGUACAUGUAUUACACUCACAUCAGUGUAAGACACACAACUGUGUUUAACGUCACAGUUCUAAGAUAUUCCUAAAGAAGGAACUACAUAAAACUAUUCUUUGCAAGGUCAGCAAUGUUUAUGCAAUACAAUCCUAGGAGAUGGUAUAUUUUUGAUAAAGUUAAAGCCAGUUUUCAAAUAUACUUUGCUCAUAAGACACUUCCAAUAGCUAAUGCACUGAGGUUAUGGAGAUGUUCGUUUCCAGACUUCCUAGCUAUGUCUAGCUAAGCUUUAAAAGGUCACUGUAAUGCAAUAAAAAUGCUGAAAGGGGAAGCUUGCAAUAACAAAAAUGAAUGAAACAAUGCAAAGCAGGUAAAAUUACACUAAUUUAUUAUUUACAAAAUGUAGGGAAUCCUCAGGAUGUCCUAACUGAUACGAUAAUGAAAAAUACAAAAUUAUAAAGGGUUAAAUGCAAGUAACAAUACGUUAAUAAAAGAAAAGUUUGAAAUACAAAAGUCAGCAGUGCAAAAACAAGAAGAGUGUCAGACCAGGUUGAGGAUGAGAAAAAAGCUUAUCUUCAAGUAAAUCACCACUCCAGGAUAUUGAGUUAUAGAUAACUUUAUUACCACGUUUACAAUCUUGUCUUUGUUUUUAUUGAGAUGUACAAUAUUGUACCCCGAAGAACUAUAGCCUUCAAAAAUAAACUUAUUAUCCAUUUCCUCCACUAACGAAGGAUCAUCUCUACUUAACAUUCUAAGUGUCAUGAAAUAGAUGUUACUGGAACUAAUGAUAAAUAUUAAUUAUGCCUUAUAAAACAGUAGACUUAUCUUUCCCACUGUAAUUAGUCCUGCAUUUUGGUGCUGACAAUGCUGUGCAUGAAUUUAUGAUAGUUAGAUCAAUUUUCUUCCCUUCUGCAUUACAACUUGAGAACUAUUCCUAUUAACUUAGCCUACAAUAAACAUCUCACCAGUUUAACUAAAAUUCACCAAAACAUGCAGGAUUCAGAGUUAUUUUUCAAGUGUUAACAUAGACUAGUAAGAACUUUCAUUUCUGCAUUCAUGCUUUAAUACCUAUCAAAAUACAUAAAAAUAUUACUGUAACAAUGAUGGGCCUUUAAAAUUAAUAUUUUUACCCGAAACACUGAUUCUGGCAUCAUUUAGGUCAUUUCAAUACCUAAUCUUAACUCUGAAAUGAAGAGGAUAUUUUUGUAGUUAUGCUAUUGUUCCUAAAUCCCAUCUUUAAGUAGUUUUAGGUUGUUCUUAGAAAUCAAUAGUUUAGAGUUUCAUGGAAAUACACUCAAAAUAUUUGAAUAAUGUGUUUCUUGAUGACAAUGUCAAAAUUGCAUGCACAAGUUGAUCAGUAUUUGAGAUGCUUGGUUGUAUUAUUUUCCCGAUGUAUAUUUUACCAAUAUAUAACAUAAAACCAUGAUGUUUGAUUAUCUAGAAAUUCUAUAAAUAUAUAUAUGCAUAUUAUACUGUAUAUAAUGUUUGCAAAAGCACAUGUUUUCAUUCACAUUUUUACAAAAUAUUCAUUUUGUAUAUAAAAUGUAUACAGUAAAAUUGAUAAAUGUUAUCGUGUAUUUGCAUUAUAUCAAAUAAAAUUAUGUGGAAAGUCAAUUGAAAUACAUAUCCAGUUUCUCUGCAUGGGUAUGAAAACAACUCAGUAAGCUAUACUGUUAGGUAUUUCAAGACUCACUUCAUUACAUGUACUCACCUAUAUACUAUCCGAAAAGUUUUGUUAAUUGGUAACCUAACUACAUAUUUUUUCAUUUUAAUUUCAAACUGUACUCAUAGUUUCAUCUUGGUACCCUGUACUUUUUUAAAGACUAUUUCACCUGACUGCAAAUUUGUAUAUUAUACAUAUGUAAUGUAUUUUUAGGAUACAAAACAAUUUAUGGUCAACUACAAUGCAAAACUUUACUUUUCAAGUCCUGAUUAACAGUAUGGCAGUGAAAAACUUCAAGUAAAAACCAUGAAUGAACAACAUCCAAUUAAAUGUGUUUUUAGAUGAGGUAAACUUCCAUAAUCCAUGUUGAUACUAAAAUUCCACCACAUACUUGUCUCUGUUGCAUUCUAUAUAUAUGUACUCCAUGGAGUCUUCUUUAGCUAUUUGCAAUAAUAAAGCAUGAUCAUUACUUAUGACUGCCCACAAUUAAGAAUUUCCACAAUAAGAAAUUAGCAUUUCAUGGAUUAAAGACUUCUCAUUAAAAAUAUUAGUAUUGGUUAUAAAACCUCCAAGUUGUAAUGGCAAUAACGACAUUAGUAAAAUUAUGCAAUCAGUAUUUAAAAUAUACCAUAAAGUUAAAGUCCAAUCUGUAAAUAAGAAGUUUUUCCUCAGUUUAAGACAAAGAUAAUACAGCUCCAUUAUGAUCCAACCUUAAAAUUCAUAUUUGACUUUUCUUUAUGAAAUUCAUAGUCAAAUAUGAGUCUUUGCAAACUGACUGACUAUUAUUCGUAAGUGACAAAUUUUCAAGUGUUAUAAUAAUUGUAUAGGAAAGAAAAUUUACCAUAAAAAUAAUUUUACGAGUGGAACAUUGCCAAAGGUUAUUGGGCCCAGCACCUAAAACAAGAUACUGUUUUAAGUCAUCAUCAACUUAUUCUUCUGCACGAAGUGAUCCUUAUGCACUUUUAAAAUGAUAAUUUUUAGACUACAACACUUUAAAGGGAACAAUAUUGAUAAUAAAUAGCACUGUAAAAUAACAUUUCAACCUUACGACCACAACUGCAUUUUUGUUUUUAUUUUUACCAUCUUGACAAACGAUGAACUGUGCCACAUUGUCUAUUGUCACAAGUCCAUAGAAUUAUGUAAACAAACUUAACAAUAUGGCACAGGGGCAUCAAAUGCUCGCUACAGUGUACCAAACUUUCAAAUCGUUCUACUAUUACUGCAAUAUAAAGUUUGUGUCUAAUUGUACAUAAUGUAAAUAUUGCAGACUAUGUAUACAAUAUAAACUGUAAAGAAACAUUGUUGUUGAGUUUUGAAUAGAACUUGAAUAUAUUCCUAUUUGUUGCUAGUGUCUUAACCCAAUCAGACAUCAAUAUCAUCAUCAAACCAAAGAAUUCAUAGAUGUCAACGUGCCUGCACAAUAUAACUUUCAAUAUUCAUGAUAAAUUCUGAUGUAUAAAAAAUGGCUUUCAUUAACCUUUUCCUUGUCACAGAUAUUACAUUGAGUAAUUAUGAAAUGACUGGAAAUUACAGUUUUUUAAAAUUCAAUAAGGGAAUAAGUAUUAUUUAAAACUAACCUGAUUUCUUACUGAGAGCAUAAUCUGAAAAUAAACAGUUUUUUUUAUUAAUUUGUAUUUUUCAUAGCUAACAAACCUACGGUCUUAACAUAAGGAUAAAUAUCCUAGCGCCAGCUGGAAAUAGGUAAAAAAACAUAAAAAUUGUAAAGCAAAGUAUUGGUGGUAACAGGGUUUGGAGGAAACAACUGACCUACCUUCACCCAGGAUGCCAGGACAUAUCAGUUUCUUCCAACCCAAGGAAUCCAUUGAAGGGUGGCAAGAGGUGGGGCAUAUACGUUAAGACUAGGUUUAUUAACUAUGAUUAAUACAAAUUAAAAAUUUGACAUCUGUUCAUACGUGGAACAAACCUAGGUCUUAAUGCUAAGAUAUACCUGUGGUCUUCAACCUGUGGGCCAUGGGCUGAUUAUCAGGUUGGCCACAGACAAAAAAAAUAAUGUAGAAUUUAAUGUUAUAUAAACAUAUAAAAA